AAGACCUGGAUUAUGUUAAAACAACACAAUCAAUGGCUGAAAAAUACACAAGCAACAGGUUCACUGAAACUGAGGACAUUUUAGAAUCCAUCUGCAGCCAAAGAAACAUCACAAUUGCUCAUUCAUGCCCCAAUAGUUGGAAGCAUCAAAAAAAAUACUGUUAUUACUUUUCAACUGAAAAGACAAACUGGACUAACGCCUUGCAGAAUUGUAUUAUUUAUAAUGCAUAUCUGGUUAGCAUUUCAUCUGAUGAAGAACAGGGUUUUCUGAAAAAUAACCCCAAUAGAGUUGACAAUUAUUGGUUGGGUAUGAGUGAUUUAGAAGGACAGUGGAAGUGGAAAGAUAGCGAUAUGCUAGUCGGAACAAGUUUUUGGGAUCAAGGAGAGCCAAGCAAGGAUGUCAACAAGAACUGUGGGAUCAUGCUUUCCAAUGGGACAUGGGCAUCUGCUGUGUGUUCUGUUCACAAUAGGUGGAUUUGCAAAAAGAGAUUGAUCUGCUGAAACAAUUCUUUAAGCUGUGUGCUCCUGAUACAGGAGUUAUACAAUCUGUUAUGUGCUGAAGAUGCUUAGUAACUAGACAGAAGUUACCAUCUUCUUAUCAUUCAUAUUGUGACACACAAUUCCAUAUUUGCCCAUAUCAAAAUGUAUAGAUAAUUGUGUGAUGAAAUAUUCCUUCUCUGCAGUUGAUCCAUAUUUCCCAGAGCUCGCAUAAUCAUCCAUAUAAAACUUGAGGGCAGGGAAACAGGUAUACUUUCCUCUAGUUCCUAUACAAAUAGCAAAAAUAAGACAUGUUAAAUUCAUGUAUUAAUAUAGUAGGCACGUUGACCCAUAGAAACACUGUCAAUUCCUGCCCUCCAAUGACCCAUACUCAUAAUGGGGCACUCUGAGAGAGAACGUAUACCCAGUGUUUUUAAAACAGUGCAGCCAUAAUCCUAAUUAUUCAUGAAUGUCACAUGAUAUGUCAAUGAAUGUCACAUGAAUGUCAUAUGAAUGUCACAUGAAUGUCAAGGCAGUGAACACAUUGGUUUCAGGAAAAUUCCCCACAACAAAACACUCAUAGUUAAUAUUAAGAAAGUAUGAUUUCUUGCAUAAAAACCAGGAGAAAGCCUUCAGAACUUGAAAUGCUCAUGCUGCCCAAAAAGCCACUCAUUAGCUCGUUCUCCAAGCUUUAGAUGUGAGUGAAAUAUUGAAGAUUUUAAGAAUUGCAGCAUCCCCCCCCUCUUCCUUAAUUAUAAAAGUUUUAGCCUCUAGGGUCACACAGAUUUUCCUUUCUUGAGAAUUGCCCUAGCAUUCCCCUACUAUCUAUACAUCCCGCUUCUUCCGCCUCACUCACACACGCACUCAUUAAGCUGCUCCUCAGGCUCAUUUGCAAGCUGGUAAUGAAAGUGGAGUGGGGAAUGCAAGAUGCAAUUUUUGGAGGUGCUUAUUUAAAUAUAUUCUCAAGACAGGAAAAAAAAAGUGGAGCAUUGGUUGCCAGUUUGGGCACCUUACAAAUCUGUAGACAUAAGCAUCCAAAAUUCUUUGCAGUGGUCUUGCAGACUGGGGAAUUCAAGAAACUAUACAGAUUGGGGAAAGGUUGAUGUAAAGCAGACCCAAAAGAAAGGAAGUUGUACAGUACAAAUAUUUUUACUCUCUGUUCUACUCUACUUUCAAAUGCUAGUAAUGACCAGUCUAUUCUUUUUUUA